UUUUAUUUAUCCCCUCCCCUCUGUUUUAUGGCAUAAUCUUAUGAAGCCAACGCCCUGUUAUAAAGUAAAUCUGCACACAAGGCUGCACAGUAAACUACUUGUUUUCAUAGCAUCCUCAAGGAACUUCAAAGUCAUGAGAAGCUCCUGGCUCCUGUUCAUCUGCAUCUUAUCAGGCAUCACAGCUACAGAUUCGCGUUUGUCAUGUCUAGUGUGUGCGGCAGAAAAUGCGAAGAACUGCGAAGGAAAACUAACGGAAUGUCCAUUGGCCACUGACAAAUGUAUCUCAAUUCAUGAAGUAACCAAAAUAGGUGCACGAGAUAGGUCUGUGUUCAUGAGACUGUGCGGUAACUGUUCACACGACAAGCCGAUGACUGUGCGGUUCGACAAAGGGAUUCUGAAGAUCAAUGUAGCCUGCUGCAACACGGACGCUUGCACUCCUCCUGAACCCACCAUUCCACCAGAAAAACCUGGCACCAAUGAAAAACUUAAAAGCAAUGGAAUUAGAUGUAAAUCCUGCUUUGCUGAAAACUCUAAAGCUUGUGACUGUAACACCUUUGUGAAUUGCAACGGGGAGGAGAUGAAAUGUAUUUCGCGGCAGAUAUCGGCUUCCUCAGGGAAUUACAACCAUGUGGCCGCUAUACGAGGCUGCGCCACUAAAGACAUGUGUCAAUAUCGCACAGAAAACAUAACAUCAAAGAGCAUGCAGACCAUUCAGCUGAGAACCAGUUUCACAUGCUCGGAUGAAAGUGACAGCAUCCACAACAGUUUAUUAUUGCUGGUCCUUACUGCCACUAUGUUCUCCAAGUUUACAGCAGCCAUGUGAUGUCCACCUGUAAAAUAGCUUUCUGUACCAAGAAAAACAGUGCAAAACGACUGACGCAAGAAAGUGUAAUUUUACAAAUGCUUCGCUUUACUGAUUACUAGUAUUUAUAUAAAUUAUUCUUCGUACAUAUCCAAAGCUAAUAAAAAAAAAUCUACUGUG